CACCAUUACAAGAUAUAUAGACAGCCUUCCCCUCUCAGGCAUUGCCCCAUGCUGCACACCACACCUUACUAGAGAGAGAGAUGAGCAACCACCAUAGGUUCAAACUAUCCCAUCUCAUGCCAAACUCAUGGUUCUACAAGCUGAGGGACAUGAAGAGGCCGAGGCCACCAAGCCAAAGAAACAUCGAAACAACAAGAAACUCCAAGAGAUCAAGCCACUACUACCAUGGAACCACCACUCCAAAGCCUCUUCCAUUAUCGCCACACAGAUCCUACCACUACAUGAACACAAAGCAAAUGUCACUUGAGAAGCUUCGCCCCUCCACUCUUCAUCUUAAUCCAAAGGCAUCGGAUAUCCAAUUCCCCAGAGGCCAUCAUCAUCACCACCAUCGCUCACCAACAUCGACUGCAAGCGCCAUCGUUGUCGAAGCCAACGAGUUUCAAGACUUGCAGCUACGUCCAAUUCGCACCAGGCCAGCGCCUACCGGAUCAAUAAGCAGUACUUGCCCGAGCUCACCGAGGCUGAGGAGCAGAAGGGUACAUGCUAUCAGUGGUGGUAGGGUCAGCACUACGAGUGCUAGUGGUCAUCGGAGAAGUGUUGCGAGGAGGAGCUUCGCCGUCGUGAAGGCAUCGACGGACCCGCCCAGGGAUUUCAGAGAGAGCAUGGUGGAGAUGAUCGCUGAGAACAAGGUGCAGACGCCGGAGGACAUGGAGGAACUUCUCGAGUGCUAUUUGUCCCUGAAUUCCAGGGAGUACCAUGGAGUUAUCAUGGAGGUGUUCAGGGGAAUUUGGCUAGAGAUUGCUGAAGACAUUGUUGAGGAUUAAGGUUAUGUGAUGUCUCAGGACCGGUAGUCUCGGAGAUUAAGCUGUAAAUUAUGUGCAUCUGGGCUGUAUAUGCCUGUGAAUUUGUAAAUAAAUGCAUGUGCUGUCAGAGUGUAUAUGAUUUUACUUA